CGUAUAUACAAACAGACAGACGUACAUGGCUAAAUAAACUCGGCUAGUGCCGCUUAUCACGUCUUCGACCUUUUUUUCUGCUGCUACAAACUUCGUGGCAAACUUUAUAAGCACACCCUGUUCAGGGUAUAAUACCAGAAAAUAUGGUAUGUGAACUUAACAAGCAAACACAAUGUGCUAAUAUUAGUUUUCUCACAAACAUCGCAUUUAUUUAACAAACGCGCAUAUGUCUUUCUUCUACAAAAACCUCAACCUUCAACUUCAAACAAACCAAUAAUUAGUCAACGGUAAAAAAUAAACAUUAAAAAUGGGUCAACAGCGCUGUAAAUGAUUCUAUUGUGACAUAUUUUUUGAGGAGCGUCUUUUCAAACGUCAACACGACUUUUAUAGUGCUCGUAAUAAGUACUCAUGGGGCUUAGCAAAUAUUUAUUAUAAAAGCCACAACAACAAGGUAGAACCGUUGCAACCGCGACCUUGCGCACCAAAGCUUUUGAUUUUUCGCUGAGUUAAAAUCUUAAUGCUUUCUUAGCGGCGAUAUAAAGAUCACUAAUGGAUAAUACUCGUAUAUGGAUAAAUAUUUGUUGGCGGUGUGUGACGAAGGUACGAGAUUAUUAGUAAGUUACUUGGCUGUGUAUAAAAUGUAUAGUUUUCAGCCGUUAGAGUGGAAGUCUAAAAUAAACGCAGUUUGAGGCUAAUGCGAUUUAUUUGAAGAUCUUUUUUACACAGACUAACGAUUGUCGCUCUUUAAUUGCAAUAUAACGAUUCUAGUAAAACCGACAGUUGAUACUCAUUACUAUUUCGGCAAAAGGCUCUCAAUAUAGUGGGUAUAUACGCUUUACAGGUAUAAAAAAAGGUCGUACAGACUGACUGAGUUUAUCAGAUGGCUCUGUUGAGAUGGUUGAUGAACCGUUGUAGUAUAUGCUUAAGUGGUUUGAGGGCAAAGUCAAAGUCCAUAUGUUAUAUUUCCAACAUAUGCAUAUUUGAUUAAUAUGCGCGGGAGUACCACACUUAUUUUAUAUUAUAAUACAAGUAGAAGUUCUUUACUAAUAAAUCCGGUGAAAUCUAUCGAAUAUUUUUUUUCCAAAAUUAUUUAUUUGCCCAUAUAUAUUUACAUAUAUAUAAUAUAAUUCGAGCAAAAUGCGACCAUAAAUGAUGACAUUUCAGAAAUCUCGAUUGCAGCGCCACCUAGGAUAUUUUUAGAACUCUUCAUAAAAAAAUUUAGCUUGGCUAAGCAAUCGGUAAAGUAGUAUGAAACAAUUUAUUAUUUAUGUAAUAUGAAAAGUGUUUUUAUAGUCCUUCACUCAAGAUCAAAUUUGACCCGGAUUGAUCCAUUUUACCUAAGCACGCAAGCCAAAGCGAUACAAAUUUUUUGGUUGGAUUGGUACAAUCUUUUUCUUUGAUCUCCAUAUGCCAAUUAUUGUGUUGUUGGCAGUUAUUUGUUUUCAACGCGAACGGUUUGUCUGCUCAGUCCGCAUCAAGUUUGAAAGCUUCCGAGGGAAAACUAUAAAAAAACACACCAUUCAAUAUACUUUAAUACUCUAAUGCGAACUAGCCGUGGGACCUGUAAAUAAAAUGAAAUACCGUUAAAAAUAUAAAAAAAAAUAAUAAUAUAUGUAUACCGUUAUUAUAAACACAAAGCUUAUUGGAGAUCAAUCAACUACAAUAAAUAUAGUAAAAAUCUCUGCAAACAGAAACCCAAAUCAAAGCUUAUAUAGAAUGACGACAGCUAUGUAAUUGAAAAAGUAAAGAAAAACAGUAAAUAGUGUAAAAUAGGCGAGGCUGAGAGGAAGACAAACGCGAUUGCACUUCUGCUCAUGUUGGAAAGAAAAGUUGCCACACUACUCGCCACUGUCCGCAGAGAAGAAAGCAGAUGAGCCGAGGCAAGUCUUUCAUUCCAGAGUCAAAACAAGGUGCGUUUGCGCACAGGUAAAUAACAAAGAAAAACAAAAAAAAAAUAAAAAUAAAAGCAAAUCAACACAAAGAAGUAGCAACUGAAAAUUCUCAAAGCAAACGUUUGAGCGCAUUGCUCAUGGUCCGAAGCAUGGAGAUGAGAAACCCACAGUGACAGUAGACGCGAAGUAUUAAGUGAACGCUCGCACGCAGCACAGAACAGUUGCGUUUGUAACGCGUGAGAGUUAAGAACGUUCGUUAGUCGCGCUUCUUUUCGUGCCAAAAAAAUAUAACGCUAAGUUUCAAAAGUCGGUGAAAAGUUUUCACAAUUUCGAAUUGAAGUUAUGCGUAGCGCGCUUUUUAUUUUCGUGGUCGUUGUCAGCUCGGCAGCGGGACACAGGUAUGGCAAUUUAGCAACGUCCGCAAGUUAUGCGUUGCCCGCAAGUGUAACUAGUGCUGCUGCUGCAUCGCGUGCUAGUAGUGCAGCCACAACAACGGCAACUAGCCCCAGCGCUAUUAAAGAAUCGCCAACGCCAACCGCCACCAUUGAGUCAGCCGGCGGAGCGGAGAGUGCUGCAGCAGGCGAAAGCGGUGCCGUUACGACCACGCAAGCCGCACCAACCACAAUAUCUAUUCCCGCUGUGGCGGUGGCUUCUAGCACGAUGAAGAAUGAGGAAGCGGUCAGUGAAACUUUAACAGAGUUACCUAUUGCCACCCCGCCGACAACGCUUUUGCCACCCGACAGCGAUGCGGACUCACCGCAACGUCGUGUGAUAACCUAUGACCAGCGUCAGGAGGGCCAGUAUAAUAUACGUGCCGAUUUGGAGAAUUUCAUGAUCGUACUCAUACCACCAUCACCCUCUGAAGGUCUGGACUUACUCGACUUGCUGUCCUCAGUGCGUCGCAGUUCGUUGCGUUCGAAAUCGAAGCGAAAACACUUCACAAAUAACGUAGGCAACACUAAAUACCGUCAUCCUUUGAAGUCAACAGCAACAUUUCCAUCAAGUUUGCAAUAUGUGGGCCGUCAGCAAUCACCACAUUCAUUGGAAGGAUCGCGUGGUUACCUCACUGCACCGCAAUUUGUGCAAACUCCAUUUGACGCCUUCAUCGGUGCGCAUGGUUCCCCGGCUUCAGUUCUUUCCACUUUGGGUGCAUCUUCUAAUCGUCUCUCAGAUUUCAUUGAGGGUCGCACUACGUCUCGCUUUGAUAUUGCCGCCAAUGAAGAAAAUGCCUCACCGGAUUUACAGCCUGAUCGCCCAGUGGAUGUAUUACCUCCACCAUAUCCACUUGCAUACCAACACCUCAUCAAACCUUAUCAUCUGGAAGCAGAGCCCACGGUCAUUCAAGCUUUGCCACCGCCAGAGUUGAAUAGCGCACCAGCGCGUAUUACCGGCAACUAUCUGGAUAGCUAUAAUCAGUUGCUGGCACCUGGUCUCACAGCUGGCAAUAACGCUGCUGCUGGCGACGUCGCUACGAUUUCCACCACUACAACUACCGCAGCGGCCAUACCCACUGAAAAUAAUACGGGUUAUUAUCGCAUUUCGCGUGCCAUACGCGGCGACAGCUUUCUGGACUCGAACCGUGUAAGCUCCCCGAAUAGUAUACAUCAUAACAGCGCUGAUCUGCAGCCACUUUAUCGCGCAGAUCACUCACUGGGCGCUACAUAUCUGUAUCCGCCGAUCGAUACGCCACGUCUCUACUUCAAUUCAGAAUCAAAUGGGAAAAGCUUCGAGAUGCCACACGAUGCCGUUGAUCGCUCACAGGUUUUAGACGAUGUAGAGGAUAAUGCACGUGUGGGCGAGCUGUAUGUGCCACCGCGUGAGCUGAAAGACGACAUUGAGUGGGAGCAGUUCUUCGAUACGAUGGUCAAGGAAGCAAACGAUUCACUAUGCAUGCCUGGACAGCGACGCGACAGCUACGGUAUUUGUCGCCAAGUGGAGGGCUAUUGAGUAUGAAGACUGCACUGAACUGCUUACUAUUUUCAUAAGUAAUAAAGUAAUAGAAUUAGUGAAAUUGGACGCAAGUCGAAUUGGAA